AGGAGCUGUUCACAAAACCACUAACAUCUCGUGAAUUCUUAAGUCUUGCUUCGUAUAAUCAGAGUGUGCUGCUUUCGCCGUCAUUUCGUUGAAUCUGCGUGUGUUUAUGUACGUUUAACAGCUUAAAUGAUACUACUCUUGAUUUUACAUAACACAUGUACCUUAUAUCUUAAAAUUCACUUAAUGGUAUUGUAGCUCAGUAGGUUUCGUAACUUAAAUCCAGGCAGAGAAAGUGACGCCGGUGCGGGACAGAGCUUGCUUCGUCACGCGAGAGCACAGCAGCAGCCUCACUGCAGCGGGACAGGUGCAUGCACGCGCAAUCCAUAACACACACAGAAACUGAGCCCGGAGUGUGGAUAUACAUACAAUGACAGGCAUGUGUGUUUGUUGGAAGCGUGUUUGAGCGCAGCGAACUACUAUCAUCUGUGUUUUCUUCAUAAGGUGUGCAGUCAUGGUUCUUAAGUGGCUGAUCUUGUUGAUACUGUUGGUUCAGUUCCCAGCAGAAAGCAAUGCAGAAGGAGGCAAACCCAAGAAGGGGAAAAAGGGCAAACAAGUCAUCUGUCCCUCUCAGUUAUCAGCAGAGGACUUGGACAGAGUCCCAGCCAACUCAACCAGCAACAUACUGAACCGCCUGCUGAUGACCUAUGAUUCACGGAUACGACCAAACUUCAAAGGCGUCCCAGUGGAGGAUAAGGUGAACAUCUUCAUCAACAGCUUUGGGUCGAUUCAAGAGACGACAAUGGAUUACCGUAUAAAUAUAUUCCUGCGUCAGCGCUGGAAUGACCCACGUCUGAAGUUGCCAGCUGAUUUUAAGUCGGAUGCAUUGACGGUUGAUCCAAAAAUGUUCCAGUGCCUGUGGAAGCCAGAUCUGUUUUUCGCCAAUGAAAAAAAUGCGAAUUUUCACGACGUCACACAGGAAAACAUACUCCUGUUCAUCUUUCGCAAUGGAGACGUCCUCAUCAGCAUGAGGUUGUCUGUUACUUUGUCUUGCCCUCUGGAUCUAACACUCUUUCCUAUGGACACACAGCUCUGCAAGAUGCAGUUAGAGAGCUUUGGCUACACCACAAAGGACCUGGUGUUUAUGUGGCAGUCUGGAGACCCUGUUCAGAUGGAUGAGAUUGCUUUGCCGCAGUUUGAUGUAAAGCAAGAGGACAUCAAGUAUGGAAAUUGCACAAAGUUCUACUCAGGAACAGGUUAUUAUACAUGUGUAGAAGUCAUCUUCACUCUGAGGAGGCAGGUGGGCUUUUACUUGAUGGGGGUUUAUGCUCCCACCCUGCUCAUUGUUGUCCUAUCAUGGCUGUCCUUCUGGAUCAACCCAGACGCCAGUGCAGCCCGAGUUCCCUUAGGUAUUCUGUCUGUUCUGUCGCUCUCGUCUGAGUGUACAUCUCUAGCAUCUGAACUUCCUAAGGUCUCCUAUGUGAAAGCCAUUGAUAUCUGGAUGAUUGCCUGUUUGCUGUAUGGUUUUGGCUCUCUUGUGGAGUACGCUGUGGUUCAGGUAAUGUUGAACAGUCCCAAGCGCAUUGCGGAAGAAAAGAUAAAGAUGGCUGAGAAAGAAAAAGCAAGAAUAGAAAGAGAGAGCAAGAUACCAGCCAAAACUAACAGUGCCAAUGGUACUGGUGGGACACCUAUACAUGUCAGCACACUACAGGUUGUGGAAAACCGCAGUAAGAAGGUGUGCACUUCUAAAUCAGAUCUGCGCUCAAAUGAUUUCAGUAUUGUCGGAUCUCUCCCAAGAGAUUUCGAACUCUCAAACUUCGACUGUUACGGCAAGCCCAUAGAGGUCACAGAUGCCACCGGCAAAUCACAGAACAAGAACAACAAGAAGCCAUCACCUCCGAAACCCGUCAUUCCAUCCGCUGCUAAACGGGUUGAUCUCUAUGCACGAGCUCUGUUCCCUUUCACCUUCCUCUUCUUCAAUGUUAUUUACUGGUCUGUCUACCUGUGACCAUGACAGAGUGUAAGUGUGUGCGUGUGCUUUUAUUUUGAUGAGGGUGAUGAUUAAGCAUGAACAAAAUGUUGAAAUGUUCAUCCUUUACAUUUUUUGACGUCUGUUAAAUAGUCCUGCUUAUUUGUAUUUGUCCUUAUAAGUCGCUUUUUGAAAUGUGUAGCUGUAAUACGAGCAGCAUGACUUGACAGACACUGUGUGCUCAGCCAUGUUUGGCCCAAACUGCUAGAUAGUGAUUCACUCAAUGAUGUCCCAUGCCAACACUUCCAUAAAUAUCAGUUGUUUAUAACCUCAGGCAAAAAUGGGCUUAUGGAAUAAAGGACUGUAUAAGAUCUGGACACAGACAGCAUGCCGUUUUCAUAAUGGGCUUAUUGCAUAUGAGUCUGUGAUGAGAAGGGAUUAAACUGCUGUUAUUGAGCCAUACAAUAAAGAUCCUUCAUCAGCUACA